CCCAUCUCUAUGGUUUCGGUAACGGCUGCGGCGGCGCUCGUGGGGGAGGGGGUUUGGCGGGAGAGCGCGCUCGAGCCCGCGAGGCGCGGGGUGACGAUCCGUUACUGAGCCCGGCCUUUCCCCUUUCCAGAACCAGGGACAGGGAGCCGCUUCCCCGGGAGAGGUGGGUGAGAAGCGGACUGCGAGUUGGGCCGGCGGGGAGUGGGGAAGAGUUCGUGCUCCUGCAGCUGCAGCUGCCGCUGCCGCUCCCGCUCCCGGUGCGGAUCGCCUCGUCGUUUCAAGGCCUCCGCUUCGCCCUGGGGCUCCCCGUUGCCCGGGGUGACGGGCCCACCGACCUGCCGCAAUUCUCACCACCCCGAUUGAUCUGCAUCGGACAACUCGUGGAUAUAAAUUCUUAGCUCCUUCCCACCCCCCACACCUUUCUGUUUCAAAAUUUAUCCCGGUUUUGAAGAUCGAGUUCCACGGUUUUCUUUAUCUUUCGGUUGGCAAGUUAGCUGUUUCAGCAGGGAAGGAGACGCAAGUAAUUGAAGAUGGCAACUGGUGGUGAUCCUUUGUUCGAGGAAAAUAUUGAAGAUCAUAACUGUGCUGUGAAUAAUGGAAGUCUGGAUGAUCAGCUUAAUAACCGGGAUUGGAGUCUUCAGUACAAGAAAGCUAAUGGGUCAUCUGAGAAGAACAAGAAAAAGUUAAGUGCAGGAAGUGAAAGCCGAGUUACAAACGACAUCUCUCCUGAAUCUUCUCCAGGGGUUGGUCGACGAAGAGCUAAAACCCCCAAGAGUUAUCCUCCUACAAAGCAUGCAUCUCGUUUCUGUGUUCCAGACUCGGCAGAGCUUGAGAGGCUGAAACAGCGUAUAAAUUUCAGUGAUUUGGACGAGCGGAGUAUUGGGAGUGAUUCUCAUGGCAGAGCCACAGCUGCAAACAAUCAGCGACCACCUGUUGAAAAUAGAAAACCAUUCAACUUUCUCCAGCAACAAAUCAACAGCAACAAAAGCAAAGAACUUGAUGUAAAUCCACAAAGAAGAGAAGCUAAGCUGCCUACAUCAAGGAUGGAUUUGUUUGCAUCCAUAAGCAAAGAUCUGUUGCCCAGUGAUCAGGUCUCACUUAGAGAUGAUCAAGGAGAAUCUGAAAUAGAGAGUAGUCAGGUUGUGAGCAGACUUAUCCAGAUUCGGGAUUACAUUAGCAAGGCUCAUUCUAUGCGGGAUGACCUUAUGGAAAAAAAUGAAAGAUCAGCUAAUGUUGAACGUUUGUCUGAGCUGAUAGACCAUUUAAAAGAACAAGAAAAAUCCUACAUGAAAUUUUUACAAAAAAUGCUGGCUAGAGAGAAUGAGGAGGAUGAUGUUGGCACAACAGACUCUGCUGUGGGAUCUGGUUCUGUUGCUGAUAGUACAUCGCUAAAUCUAGAUGUUCAAUCUGAGGCAUCAGAUGCAACGGAGGCAUCUCGUAGUCUGAGUGUUCGGCCCUGCAUUGAGGACAAGCUAGGAAAUGCAGCCUCCCAAGCACAGGGCUCUUCAGUUACUUCAACUCCAAAAAGGGAAACUGACAGGCUUGGUCUGAAAGACAGGAGAGUCUGGCAUAGUGGGAUUAAUGGCAAGGAGCAUGGAAUUUCCUGCAAGGUAUGGACAGAGAGAACAUGUACAGCACUGUGCCUGUUUCAGCUCAAGCCAAAAGUAGUUUGCUCCAGUGCUCCUGCUGUACCUUGCUCAUCUCACAAGAGUGAUCAAAGAAGUUGCCUUUCUGCACCAGCAGAAGCUGGCGCUGCCAUCAACAGGGAACCCAGCAGCCUGGCCUCCUCAGCAUGUGUUUUGGAUUCCAUGCCCCCUCAGCAUGAGAAUGAUGCACAAGAUAAUCCUAAUCCUAGGAAGAAAUUAAAAAAACUCAAGGAAGUUCACAAGAGGCUAAAUGAAUUGCGUGAAUUGAUUGAUUAUUAUCAGCAGACCUCGGAUAUGAUGACUGAUGCUGUCAAUGAGCAUACAAAAGAUGAUGAUAAUGAGACUGAGGAAGAAUCUUUGUACUACUCUGACCAGGGGAAUCCAGAAACAAUCACAAACAUCAGAAACCCACAGAGGAGUAACUGGACAGAUAUCAGUGGCUCUUCCAGGAUGGUGCCACAAAAUGGAACCAGUUGCCGGAAUGGGAGACUUCUCAACACGGAGUGUGAAAUCAACAAUAGGCCAACAAAUCUACAAACUUCGAAGGUCCCACUUCCUUCAGAUGAACCUCAUGUGAGCUACGUUGAGUGUUCCCGUUUCAAUGAUGAAAGAGAUGAAGAUAGGAAUGGUGACACAACACAGGAACAAGAGGUCCAAGGGGAGUGUGCAAGUGAGGGCACCAUAUCAAGUCGAAGAAGUAGUUUUGUAGAAGAAACUGACCAGGAUUUUGAAAUACAACAGAAAAUUAACAGAUUAAAUGCUGCUAAACAGAAACUCAGACAAUUGCAGGAACUUGUCGCCAUGGUACAAGAAGUCCCAGAUGCAACUGAUAUUGAUAUUUCUAACUUUCCUGACUUCUCAUUAAUUGAGGAGGAUCAGCACAGACAGCAACCAAACAAUACUAGAACAAAUGCAUCAAGAAGUUCAAAAGAAGUGUCACUGGACGAAGAAAAAAGAGAAAAGUUUUAUGAGGCAAAACUUCAGCAACAACAGCAAGAGUUGAAGCAGUUACAGGAAGAAAGAAAAAGAUUGAUGGAAAUUCAAGAGAAGAUUAGGCAUCUGCAGAGCUCAUGCCCUGAUCUGCAGUUGUCAACAUCUAGUGCAGGAAACCUGUCAAAAAUAAAAGUUCCCAUUGUUACAUCUACACCAGCGAUCAGUGGUCAGAGUGCAACAGCAAAGACUUUACCUGACCCAGUUGCAGCUCCACCCCCUGAUAGUGAGCUGUGGUCUGAGAUGCGUAGACACCAAAUUCUGCGUGAAGAAUUGCGUCAAAGAAGAAAACAACUGGAAGCAUUAAUGGCUGAGCAUCAGCGGCAAAAAACGCUGACUGAAAACAACUCCAUUGUUGCUGCAUCGGUUAAAAGUGAAGGGACAGAGACACAGGAUACGCAGCAGCUCAGCAGAACUGAAAGGACCAUGGCAACUUGGGGUGGUUCUACCCAGGGUGCAUUAGAUGAUGAUGAGGAGGAUGAUGAUGAUGAUGAUGAUGAAGAGGAAGAGAAUAAUGAUGCUGGUGAUGAAGAAGAGAAUGAUGAGCGAUCGGAUGCCAUUGCCCACUCAGAAGUUGAAACAAGCUCUCAUGAAACAUAUACAUUGUAUCCAAAUCAAGAAAGAAGUCAAGCAACACGCAAUUCCAGAGAGAGCAAGAAAAGGUGGAAAGAUAAGCGAACAUGUUCCUCAGACGGGAACUAUCGUUCAUUCCACAAAAACAAGCAACAUAAUGUCGGUAUGCGUCGUCAGGAGAACCUGCGCUGGGCAGCUGAUCUUUCCUAUGUCGAGGAGAGAGAGCACUGGCAAGAGCAAGUAAACCAACUUACCAGGCAAUUAGAAUUCAGCACAAAUAUGUGCCAAACCCUGAUGCAGGACCAGCAGGCACUUUCGUGUCUCCUGCAGACAUUCCUCACUGGUCCUUACAGUGUCAUGCCGAGCAAUGUUGGAUCACCACAGGUACAUAUCAUUAUGCACCAGUUAAACCAAUGUUACACGCAGUUGGCAUGGCAACAGAACCACGUGCAAAGGCUAAAACAGAUGCUGAAUGACCUUCUCCAUCAACAACAUCAAGACAAGAAGCCAGAAAAUCAAAGAGAUAGUGGCGUGCCACCUCCAUCUCCCAAUAGUUUUGUCUUCCCUCCAUUUAGCUUUCCUUCCCCAUCGUUAAAUCCAUUAAGCAUGUCUCGAUUUCCAAAUUGUUCUCCUUUUGUUCAUGGUUUUAACCUUAACCCGAUAUUUCCUCCUGGACUUAGUGAUCUGUCCCAAAAUGUUAGUGUCCAAAGCAAUGAACAACAACCAGUUGUAAGUGAGCACAGCAUUUCUGGAAAAACAGAGUAUUUGGCCUUCCCAAAGCCAUUUGAAAGUAAUUCUCCAAAGUACAGAGAGAACAAAUGGAUCCACAAACGGGCUAAAGAUGAGGCAGAGCAGAGUGAAUUAAUGUGGUUGCAUGAUACAAGAGAUGAAUUUGGGGAAUUACCAAGACAAAUGCAACCAAACACAUCUCUUCCACAGAUGAAUAUGAACAAACCAAAGCAACAAGUUCAGUGCAAAAAUAGGAAGAAUUUUGAAGAAUCAUCCCUCGAAAGUUUUAGUAGUAUGCCAGAUCCAGUUGAUCCCACUACUGUAACGAAAACAUUUAAAUCUAGGAAAGCCUGUGCACAGGCUAGCCUCGCUUCCAAGGAUAAAACUCCAAAGGGGAAAUGUAAAAAGACUUACUUUCACCAGAAAAACCAGCAGGAAAUGACUGCAGGUUUUGAAUCUGCAAGUAAUACUAGUGCUAGUGAAACUUGUCAAGAAAAAGUGUGCCACUCUACACAAACAGAAGAAUUUUUGAAACCUCGAACUUGCAGCACAACCAAAGAUGAAUUACAGGAAAAGUCCAAACGAAAAAAAUCAAGUGACUUCUCUUCUGAAUACACUAAGGGAGCAUUGUUGGAAUCUAACAGAAAUAGAUUCAAUGAAGCACCAGAAACUGGUAGUGACUUCUCACUCUUUGAAGCUCUACGUGAUAAUAUCUAUUCUGAAGUGGCAACUUUAAUAUCCCAGAAUGAAUCACGACCCCAUUUUCUGAUUGAACUUUUCCAUGAGCUUCAGUUGCUUAACACAGACUACCUACGACAGCGAGCUCUUUAUGCUUUACAGGAUAUAGUUACAAGACAUCUUUCAGAUAAGAGCUAUAAAGAAGGGGAGCACACUUUAUCACAGAACUCGGCUGUAUGGAUGACAUGUAAUUCAGAACUUACUCCUAGUGAAAGCCUGGCUACAAGUGAUGAUGAGGACGCCUGUGGAAAAACUGCUGACCAUCAAGCCAAGAUAGAUCUUCAGCAGCAUGAGGAUGCAGAGUAUAUAGAAUCCUUAGAAAAUGCCAGCAUGUUGUCUACUUCUUCCAAUUUAGAACCCUUUGCUAAUGAUGAUCUUGGUAAUACUGUCAUUCACUUAGACAAGGCCUUGUCUCGGAUGAGGGAGUAUGAACGCAUGAAAUUUGAAGUUGAAAAUAGCCAGAUUGAUGUCUGUGCCAGUGCCGUUGAAUGUGUUAAAGAUGGAUAUAAUGCUGGAAAUAGCUGUACAGCAGAUCACGUUUCUGAUGCUUCUAAUGUUACUUGCCCUCGAGUCGACACGCAACAACUGGACAAGCAAAUAAAGGCCAUCAUGACAGAAGUAAUCCCAUUUCUGAAGGAACAUAUGGAUGAUGUGUGCUCCCCACAGUUAUUAUCUACUAUUGGAUGUAUGGUAUUAACCCUCACACAACAGAAUGAUGAAAGCAAGGAGUUUGUCAAGUUCUUCCAUGAUCAGCUUGGUGCCAUACUUCAGGAUUCUCUGGCAAAGUUUGCUGGUAGAAAACUGAAGGAAUGUGGAGAGGAUUUGCUGGUAGAGAUCUCAGAGAUUCUGUUUAAUGAACUUGCGUUCUUCAGACUUAUGCAAGAUUUGGAUAACAGCAGCGUGGCAGCAAAGCAAAGAUGCAAAAGACUAAAGGAAGUAGCUUCUUUUAAACCACGUUAUACAACUGAGGAGAAACAACAUUCCAAAGAGAAUGGUUCCUCUGCAGAAGAGCUUGAAGAUGAAGACAAAGAUAAGGAUGAAAGUGAAACAGUAAAUGCAGAUGGUCUCAAAGUAAAUGAAUCAACUGAAGCUGAGCUGGUAUUGAAAAGUGCUUUGUCUGAUAGAGAGGAGGAUGAUGUGGACAGUGAAGUGCUGCCUGCAAAAUGUGUUUCCAUAAGUCUGUCCAAAGCUGAAACUCAGGCCCUGACUAAUUAUGGCAGUGGGGAAGAUGAGAAUGAAGAAGAUGAAAUAGAGGAUUUUGAUUCUGGAGCUAUUGACGUGCAAACAUCACUUCAAGCCAACAAUGAAAUUGCUGAUGAAAAUGAUCCUGAACAGGAUACUCGUCCUGAGCCCAAUAAGGAUGAUGUGACUAGUCAAUCCAUGAAAACAAAUUUAACUGUCGUUGCAGAAAAUGAAAGUAGCCCAAAUCCUGAUCUUCCCAAUGAGUCUUUCCAACAUAAUCCAUUGGAUGCAGCUAAUGAAGACAAGAAGUGUCCAAAGCCAUCAUUGGCUUUUUGUGAAAAUGCAAAUGCUGGAACAGCAGUACAAAUGGAACAAGAAAAUGACCUGCAAGGAACACCAGAAAGCUCAUUGGCUGGCAGUCCUGACACAGAUUCCCCUGUGUUAGUGAAUGAUUAUCAGGAAGCUGGAUCUGGCAACCUGAGCCAGAAAUCAGAUGAAGAUGACUUUGUUAAAGUGGAAAAUGUGCCUCCAAGUCUUUCAGUCCUCUCUGAGGAUGAAUUGGUUAGGAGAAUUUCUGAAGAAGAGCAGCAUAACAAUUUAGCUUGUGUUCUGCUGAAUGCAGAUGGAGCACAAGAGCUUGCAGGCAACUCGGACACUCUAAAAGAACCAGAUGACGGUGGAGCCCGAAGCACAUGAAUGAAUAUUUAUUGAUCUUCAUCACUGUCAUGUUUGAUUUGAAUACGUUAAUUAAAUUUAAUCCUUGUUUAUGGCUUAAAACAUAUUUUCUUUUAAUUAGCCUUCUGCUAGAAUUGUUGUCCCCUUAUUGGGUUUAGACUGACCAAUAUUUCUUGCUCCAUAAGUUGCAAUACAUCAUAAUACUUUCAAUAAUUUUGUUUUUGAAUACUCUAACUUGAAUUUCCAAUUUUUACAAAUGAAAUGACAGACAACCCUCUUUUAUAAUAAAAGAAAUCCACUUUUAUAAUGAAAGUCUCUAGUCCCAGCACUACUAUAUUUUGUCAUUCGGAAGAUGGUGAAUGUGAUAUAUUCAUUACAGUUUCCUUUCUGUCCGUUUUACCUAGAUUGGUAACUUGAUCUGGUUUCAUACACUGCUGUUCUUUAAAAUAGCACCAAUAUCGAUCUAUUUUUAGAGAUUUUAUUGUGCUUGUUCAUUGUGGAGUAAUUUUGAGGCUCUCCACAAUGUGUGCAAGUACUUUUGUUAAGGAUAACGUUGCCCCAUAUGCAGUUUAUAGUAUCUGCUACUGUCACCUGACAUAAAGCUAGCCUUGCAAACAACAGUAUGGUAACUUCAAUAUAUCUGCUGUGUUCAAUACAACACUUUGGCACAGAAGGUGACAUUCUUGAUCAGCUGGGUUCAUCCAUCGUAGCUAAAUUGUUCUAAUUGACUUAUGCUGCUGUCUUUUCAGUAGAACCUCUUCUAAUCUACCAAAUGCACCCGUAAAUCUGAAAUGUGAUAAUGAAUGUUGGAUAUUUAAAUAACUUGUCCUACUUUUGUUAAUAUUGCAACUCAUUUGCAAAUUAGAAAGAGCCACAGUAUUAAUGUAUUGCAGGCAAAAGUGAGUAAUAUUCAUCUUAACACUGAAUUACUGAUCUCAAAAAUGUGGCUUUUUUCUCUGCUUUCAUAUUCUAGUAUAGAAUUAUGUACAAACACUGUAAGAUUGGUAUUUUAAAGAACUAAGAAUAUUGAUUUGUCAAUUCAAAGUACUGUCAUCUGCUAAAAUUCUCAAGUUCAGAUAAAACUGCUUACUAUUUUUAUAAAUAUACUCGAACAAGAUUCACUGGAUGCCACGCAACUGAAUCUAAGCUUGCAAAUGAGCAAUGACUAUUAAUAUCAAACUUGAGUGUCAAAAGCAAGAUCUGAAUUAGUUCCAAAACCUCCAAGUUGAUGUCACAAUGAAAAACUACAUAUUCUAGUUAGUUCAAG